ACUAGCAGAUAGUUGUGAAUCACAGAUAAUGACAUCGAAGUCAGAUUCAGGUAGCAAUGUGCAUCAAGGGAAGACCUUGCUGCAGAACCCAUUUGAAUUCAGUGAUGAUCAGAUUCUGAAUAAUGUCUACAGAACCCAUUUUCAUUGUGUUCAGAAAUGCAAUGUACAAUCACUUCACACCGUUGCCUCAACCGUCAUCAAUCACUCAAUUCAAAUCACAGACACACUCCUUACAAAGCCUAUCCAACUCAGUGAGCAUUUCAGAGAAGAGACCAUAACGUCCCCACAACUUACUGCAAUACUCAAGCGAAUUGCUUACCAGAUGGUGAGCACUCCCCGUGGUGACAAGUACGCGCAUCACACGACGAUGCUGAUUCUGGAACAGUUGAAAGAAUAUUCGUGGGAUGCAAAGGCACUGAUAGUUGAAGCAGCUUUUGCUCUGGAAUACGGGAAAUUCAUGUACCUUCCCCAGUUGAGACAGUACGAGGAGUAUGAGAAAUCUCUGGCUGAUCUGAAUGGGCUUCUGAUGAUUCAGCAAAAGCCUCAGCACCUGUGCUUCUUCAACAGUGUGGUGAAGAAGGUGAUGCAAAUGAUUGAGUGCAUCACCGAGUGGAAGUGGUUAACCAGUGCUGGCUAUGAUAUCAAGGACGUCCCCACCUUGGCAGAGACUUUGCAUGAGAUCCCUGUUGUCGUCUACUGGGCAAUCUUCACCUUCGUCACUUGCACUGGUCAAAUUGAUGACUUCACCACUCACCACAAGCUUAACAAAUAUGAAUUAUCGAGAAACUUUGAGAAGAAGCUUGAUCUCAUUAUAAGAACUUUUAGGGAGCAUUUGGAAAUGUGUAGUACGGAGAUAGGGAGAAUAGAAGACUAUUCCAGACGUAAGAAUAUUAUCAUUAUUACUGGAAAAGAUAUUGUCAAGGUCUUGAAAGCACUCAUCAUCUCUGGUGAGAACAGGGAUUCUAGACAGAAUGUUAUUAGUGGCCUCACUUUAGAACAGGUUAAAAUUGAAGAGUUUAAAAAAAAGCAUGUGUUGUUGUUCAUUUCGGGGCUUAAAAAUAUUGACGAGGAGACUCAACUUCUGAAAACUAUUUACGAGGAAUUGAAGAAGAAACCAAGAGAAGUGGAAGGUUACAAGAAGGAGGAUUUCAAAAUUUUGUGGAUCCCCAUUGUGGAUGACUGGAAUGAGGAUCACAGGAAAACAUUAGAAACUAAAUUACAAAGAACAAAGAUUGGAUGGUAUGUGGUCAAACAUUUUUCUUUUGAAACAGGCAUCAAGCUUAUAAAAGAGUUGUUCAACUAUAGGGGAGAACCUGUGAUCCCAUUGAUGAGUCCAGAGGGUAAAGUGGAAAACAUCGACACAAAGCAAAUUAUAUCAAUGUGGGGCAUUGAUGGAUUUCCAUUUAGAACCUCCGAUCACACUCGACUCAUUCAACAAUGGAAUUGGUUUUGGUCUGAAAUGACCAAGCUUAACCCAAGAAUUGGGGACUUGAUUGAGGAGGAUCGUUAUCUCUUCAUAUACGGUGGCACAGACACUAUGUGGAUCCAAGAAUUCACGACUGCCAUAGAGAAAAUGAAGAGGGAUGUUGAGACAAUAAGCAUGCAAAUAGACAUCACAAUAGAUUCAUACCAACUGGGAAAGGAAGACCCUAAGAUUGUGCCACGCUUUUGGAUUGCCAUUAACAACUUGCUUGCAAGUAGGAAGCAACAAAUAAUGAAAGGUGAAGGAGAUAAAGUGGUGCAAGACUUUGUAACAAAAGAGAUAAAGAGGUUGCUCUUCAUCAAACAAGAUCCUAAGGGAUGGGUCAUUCUCAGUAAGGGAUACAAUGUAAAGCUUCUUGGUCAUGGUGAGGCCAUGUCUCGCACCGUCAAGGAGUUGAGCUUGUGGCAUGUGAAGAUGAUUGAAGAAGUGAGCUUUGAUGUGGCUUUCAAAGAGUACUACGAGAGCAUCAAGGACAAGACUAAUCCUAAAAAAUUUGAGCAUAGUGAGAUUUCUAAUUACCCUUAUGAUAUAUUGGCUCAUAUACAUUGCCCUAAUGUGGAAGGUGGACGUUCCAUGGAGGUAACUUCUUUUAAUUGUCAUGGUCUUGAUCAGCAGACAAUUUACUCUUUCGGGGAACCAUGGAGAAUAGAAGACUAUUCCAGGCGUAAAAAUAUUAUCUUUAAUACUGGAAAAGAUAUUGUCAAUGUUUUGAAAGCACUCAUCAUCUCUAAUGAGAAUAGGGAUUCUAGACAGAAUAUCAUUAAUGGCCUCACUUCAGAACAGGUUAAAGUUGAAGAGUUUAAGAAGAAGCAUGUGUUGUUAUUCAUUUCGGGACUCGAACAUAUCGACGAGGAGACUCAACUUCUGAAAACUAUUUAUGUGAAAUUAAAAGAGGAACCAAGAGAAGUAGAAGGUUACAUGAAGGAGGAUUUCAAGAUUUUGUGGAUUCCCAUUGUAGAUGAAUGGAAUCAAGAUCGAAUAAAAAAAUUAGAAACUAAAUUACAAAGAGCAAAGUUUGGAUGGUAUGUGGUCAAACAUUUCAAUUUUGAAACAGGCAUCGAACUAAUUAAGGAAGUGUUCAACUAUAGGGGAAAACCUGUGAUUCCAUUGUUAAGUCCUGAGGGUAAGGUGGAAAACAUAGACACAAAACAAAUUAUAUCGAUGUAUGGCAUUGAUGGAUUUCCGUUUAGAAACUCUGAUCACACUCGACUCACUCAUCAAUGGAAUUGGUUUUGGUCUCAAAUGAACAAGCUUAACCCAAGAAUUGGAUAUUUGAUCGAGGAGGAUAGUUAUCUCUUCAUCUACGAAGGCACAAAUACUAUGUGGAUCCAAGAAUUCACGAGUGCAAUAGAGAAAUUGAAGAGGGAUGUUGAGACAAUAAGCUUGCAAAUAGACAUCACAAUAGACUCAUACCAAAUGGGAAGGGAAGACCCUAAGAUUGUGCCACACUUUUGGAUUGCCAUUGAGAGCUUGCUUGCAAGUAGGGAGCAAAAAAGAGUGAAGGGUGAAGAUGAAGGGGUGCAAGACUUUGCAACAAUAGAGAUAAUGAGGUUGCUCUUCCUCAAACAAGACCCUAAGGGAUGGGCCAUUCUUAGCAAGGGAAAGAAUGUGAAGCUCCUUGGUCAUGGUGAGUCCAUGUCUCGCACCGUCGAGGACUUUCGCUUGUGGCAUGUGAGGUUGAAUGAAGAAGUGAACUUUGAUGAAGCUUUCAAGAAGUACUAUGAGAGAACCAUGGUAAAGAUUAUUCCUCAAAUAUGUGAGCAUAUUGAGAUUUCUAACCACCCCUCUGAUGUGUUGGCUCAUAUACCUUGCCAAUGUGGACGUCCCAUGGAGGUAGCUUCUGUUAAUUAUAGGUGUUUUCAUGGUCUCGAACCAUCUCUACUUCACAGCGAAGCCGAAUACAGUACAAAGUGUGGGAUCAACGUGGAACAUAGAAUGGAGCCAGGCCCAACAGAAAUUAUGACCCAAAUUGAAGAAAGCCGAAAACAAUCAGCAGAGGAGAAAAAUACAAGAAGCAGAGAGAGAACUGACCGAGGGCACUCUGGUUGCGAGGAAAGCGACGAAGGUGAUGAACAACGGGAAGAAAAAGAAUCAAAGAGGAAUACAAAUAAAGACAAAGGGAAGGGGUUGGAGGUAAAGGAAGAGAUCGAAAGUGAAGAUGAAUAUAUGAUGUUGAUUAACACAGCAGAAGUUGAUCCACGAAGCUUCAAAAUGAAAGAAAAAGUGCAGAAGGGAGAGUCUAGCAAGAUGCGAAAACACAAUGAACGCGGGGACCUAACAAACAGCACCAAAACACAACAGAGACGCCAAAGGAACAGAAGGACAAAAAGAUCAUUAAGUGAAGUGAAACGGAAAUGAUAAGCUAUAUCAAUUCAGGUAGGAAUUUAGACGACAACAACAACGUAAACAACAAGGAAGCAGUCACGGGUCCAUUAAUGUGAAGGUGUUAUGCAUGAAUAGGGAUUCAAUACAAGUAAUAUGCCAAACGCACCCUAAAAUCAUUUGCAAUGUAUUAUGUCAUCUAGAAUGGGAACCAGAUCAGGGAAGGAAUGUCAAUGUUAAAACAAAUUAUCUUUCUCCGCUACGGAUACUUAUAAGAU